AUGGAUAAUAUUUCGAUGUCACAAAAUUAUUCAAUUUUAUUGAAUAAUUCAAUGAAUAAAAACUCAACAAUAGCAAAUAAUAUCAUGCAAAUGCAAUCAGCAGCAUUUAAAAAUACUUAUCAGGAAGUAAAAACUGAUUGGGUAUUACAACGAAUUGAUAAUUUUAAUCCAGAUGAUAAACGAGAAUUCAAACAACGUUAUAUGUCUAAUUUGGAAUUUUACAAUAAUUCUGGUUUGGCAUUUUAA